GCCGGGUGCACGCUGCACUGCCCGAUGGCUGCCAUGUCGCCGGUGGCCGCCUGCCUGUGGAUGUACGCGGUGGGGCUGAAGGUUCUGCUGGAGCAGCUGCUGAGGCGCCGCUUCUCGCUGCCAGUUCUGCCAUCUCAAGAUGGGAAAGUUGCCAUUGUGACUGGAGGUGCUAAAGGAAUUGGGUAUGAAACCGCAAAGCAUCUUUCAACACUGGGAAUGCACGUGAUAAUCGCUGGCAAUUGUGAAGAUACAGGACAAGAGUCUGUGAAGAGAAUUAGAAAAGAAACUGGGAAUAACAAAGUGGAGUUUAUGUACCUAGAACUGGCUUCAUUGCAAUCCGUACGACAAUUUGUGGAACAUUUCAAAGCAAGGAACCUUCCCCUUCAUGUCUUGGUGAACAACGCGGCAGUGAUGCUGGUUCCACAGAGGUACACAGAGGAUGAAUUUGAAGAGCACUUUGGAGUGAAUUACCUUGGACAUUUUUUCCUUACCCAUCUGCUCCGAGAUGCUCUGAGGCAGUCAGGGAGCAGUGACUACAGCAGUCGAAUCGUCACUCUCUCUUCAGCCACCCAUUACAUUGGAGAAAUAAAUCUAAACGACUUGCAAAGCAGAACCAGCUACUCGUCCCACGGAGCUUAUGCCCAGAGCAAACUUGCUCUUGUCCUCUUCUCGUACCAACUGCAGCAAACGCUAGCAGCUGAGGGGAGUCACGUAACUUCGAACGUGGUGGAUCCAGGGGUCGUCAACACCGAUCUAUACAAACACACCACCUGGCUCUUCAAACUGUGCAAGUGGUUAUCUUCCUGGUUACUCUUCCAGACUCCGAGCCAGGGGGCCUCCACUGUGAUAUACGCGGCAGUCUCACCCAGCUUAGAAGGCUCUGGAGGUUUCUAUCUCACCAAUGGCCAGAAGGUGAAAUCAGCAGACAUUUCGUACAACGAAGAUCUCCAGAGAGAACUUUGGAACCGGAGCUGCAAGCUGGUUGGGAUUCUGGAGGCGUGCGAUCAGGCCUCUUGAAAAACAGAGCCCUCUGUACCUCAGAGACCCUGUGUUUUCCUUCUUGAAGAGCAGGUGUCAAGAUAACAAAUCAAGUAUAGGAAUAUCCCUGCUUAAUUUUUUAAUAAUCAUGAAUAAUUAAUAAAAUUCCUCACAAGGUUAACACUCA